AUGUGCCUCAGAAGACUGAGCCAUGUCUUUACCAUGAAAGUUGGAAAGUUUAGGAGGCUGCCAACGAUUCUCGCCAAUGAUGCUCGCCAUCGACUGAAAGCAUGCGGCCGGCAGGAGAGCGCGGGCGAGUCUGGAUCCAGGACUGCCCCAAUAUUCUAUUCGCUGGGUACAUCAGAGGUGUCAGCAACUGUGAGGUUCAGCAGGAGACCAACUUGUCCGGAUGCCUCAGUGGCAGCCAGCCUCCCAACCGCUCCUGUACCAAGACACAGGAAGAGUCACAGCCUGGGAAACAAUAUGAUGUGUCAGUUCAGUGUGGUUGAAAGUAAAAGUGCAACGUUUCCAACAGAGAAGCCACGCCACCUGCUGGAUGACAGUGUCCUAGAAUCCCACAGUCCUGUCAGAAACCACACUCUAAACUCAGUUUUCACCAAUGGAAUUUCCAUAGGAAGUAGUGAAAGUUCAGAAUUUAGUGAGGAGCUGUCUUCAGGGCUUGAAAGGGGUCGGCUGUAUGCCACGCUGGGGCCUAACUGGCGGGUACCAAUUCGGAAUUCUCCCAGAAGUCGAAGCUGUGUCUACAGCCCAGCAGGGGCCUGGAGCUGCACAUUAGGAAGUUCAACGGGAGUCAUUACCAUGGAAGGGCCUUUAAGAAGGAAGACAUUACUAAAGGAAGGCAGAAAGCCUACACUCUCCUCAUGGACUAGAUAUUGGGUUACACUUUCAGGAUCAACUCUUCUCUACUUUGGAGCAAAGUCAUUAAGAGGCACAGAAAGAAAACAUUAUAAAUCUACUGCUGGUAAAAAAGUCUCUGUUGUGGGUUGGAUGGUGGCACUGCCUGAUGAUCCUGAACAUCCUGAUAUUUUUCAGCUAAAUAACCCUGACAAAGGCAAUAUUUACAAGUUUCAGACUGGGUCAAGGUUUCAUGCAAUACUGUGGCACAAGCAUUUGGAUGAUGCAUGCAAAAGCAACAGGCCUCAGGUACCUGCUAACCUUAUGUCAUUCGAAUAACUUGCAUCAGUAUGUGGUGUGACAUCAAAUGCCAAACUGUAGGAUGGGAAUAUCUUUCCCUUAAGAGAAGGAGCUUCCUAAUGUGAGCCAGCUCCCUGAGACGAGAUUACUUCAGCACUUUUCUAUGUAACUUGAAAGUGAUUUUGACACAGCUUUUAAAAGCAGAAAGUGAAUGUUGUCCUUAGGACCAGAUAUAGUUUCAUGCACUGAACGUAAGUAGACAAUUUAGACAGACUGAAGAUGGGUCCUGACUGAUGCAGGAUCCUGGAAACCUCGACUUUAACUUUGUGGUCACAAACUGCCCUGGACUAAUGUUUGACCACAAACUGCGCAUCACAUCUUCUGCCUCUUCUUUUUUAAACUGUUCUUUUUAUUGUUAAGCUACUUUAUGUGACUGAAGAAAAUUUAGCCCACGUUGGGUUUUCAAUUCUUUCUAAUGCACAAAAUGAUUGAGAGUGUUAACUUGCUGCAAAGUGUCAAUUAGAAUAGAAAAUUGUGGAACAACAUUUUUAUAACCUAAGUGCACUGAGUUGCUUGGCAAUGUGGUUGCCUCAGAUUUUGUAUCAAAUUAAAUCUCUGGACAAUUCUGCAGUUCACAUUUGAGCUAUUUGGGAAAUGUGUAUUUUGGCACAAGAUAAAUAGUUUAAUUUAGUAUUUCUUUCAUUGGAAUGUACUACUUUUAAAUAUAAUUUAAAGGACAAGUGAAGGGUCCAUUCCUAUUUAAAUUCACUUUGUGUUACAGCUUGUCUCGGGUUACUUCUAAGGAUAAAUUGCCCCCCCCCCCCCACUAUGGGUGCUAUUCAUCUAAAAUCCCUAGCUCUGUGGAGAUAUUUGGAUCUUCCCAGCCACCUCCUGACUCCUCAGAAUGGCUGAACUUUCCACUCUUUGUUCCACUCUCAUGUGGAUGACCCAAUCCCACUCAGCACCUGCAUGUGCACACACAUCACCUGGUAGACAGAAUAAUGCCACUAGUACUUCUGUCAUGAAGGCCUCUGAUCCUCUGAAAUCAUGAGGGAGGUGAGAUCUAGGCAGGACUGAUUGGCAUAUCAAGAGCCACCAAGCCAGUAUCCUGGAAAGAGAAAAUGAACCAAAUGUAAGAGACCCUUCUCUGCCAGGAGAAACCUCCUGGCUCUCUUUUCCCAGGCAUGCCAUAGCACUACCUGCUGAUCAGAGUUUUCUGCUAUUCUCACCUUGAUUUCAGAAUUCUUCACAUUUUAGUCACAUCCUUCUGCUAGUCAGUGUUCAGGCUUUCAUCCAUCAAGGAUGACUCAUUGCAUGAAGCUCCCACCUCACUUUCAGCUAGGCUUUCUAAUGCCAUGACCAAUGCAUCUAAAACCCUCACUCUGCAGCUCCCCAAAAAUGGGCCAAAAUGAUGAGCUAGGUGGGAAGAGUCCUAUGAUUCGACCACAGGCUUGCAGACCAUAAAAGACCAGAAAUAAUUUUGGAUGAACAGAGUCCUACAUCUAAACAAGUGCCCAGUCACUGGGAUAUUCUGCUGAUCUCACAUAAUCUUGAUUUUGUGGCAGAUUUUUUUAGUUUAUCUUACAAAAAUACCUUACUUGUAAUGCUGGAUUUCUGUUGACUAUAAAAAUGGUUUUUAACUGUCUGUCACAAUCCUGAGAAUGAAACUUGGUAUGUGACAAGAAAAAUAGUUCCUACUGAUUCCUGUAGGAAGAGACAGAGCACAUAUCAGAAAUCACACAGAUUUGACAUCAGACUUCUUUAGUGGUUCAAGAGAUCUUCAGUGGGAUAGUGGAAUGGCCAAAAAAUAUAUUUUUGUUUUUUUAACAAUCCAAAAGUUAGUUGAAGUAGUGACCUGAUAACAGCAUCUGUAUAUCCAAGAAUGGAAUUUUCAAUAGUUAGAUCUGACACAGAGGGUUUUUAAAGAUGAUAAUGCUAGUGAAAUUCUGUCAUAAGCAUGUUACUUUUGCCCAACUAUUUGAAAAUGAAAUCAUCUGAAUUAGUCUCCCAGAGAGAGAGAGAGAUGCAUGGAUGGUUGUGGUGAGAGGUGAGUUAUACAUUUAGACUAUUUCUGAGGAUGCAGGUAUUCUCUGGACUGCCAUUCAAAUUAAUUCAUAGGUGCAUGUAUGUGUAGUGUGUGUCUGUACACAUAUCUAAUCUAUCUGCAGCAUCCAGAGGGUUGGACCAUCUGAAACGACAUUAUUGUAAUAAGAGCAAAGGUUGCAGAUCUAACUUGCCAUCCCCUUAUGCAGAAUUCUUAUAAAAUAGAGCCGCUGUUAAUCAGGAGCCCUGGAGUGGUGCCUGUAUAUAAAAUGUCUUUGGAUUUCUGUAUUUAAGCCAGAGCUAGAAUGCAAUGCCACAUGCAAUACUGUUGCUUUUUCAAUUGUAUUUAAAGACAACAUUUCCUCCACAUACAUGACAUGUAUUCAAGCAUCCUGAAUUCUCACUUUGCCUAAUGGAUCAUAAAGUCCUAAUGCAACUUCCAGGACUACUGGUAAGAAUGUAAAGUGGCCCACCUGGUACAAUAAAUUUGGAAGGUGACAGAUCAAAAAACCAAACUGUUCUCUUAAAUAAGUAUACAUUUUCCUAUCAUGGACAUUGGCCGGCAAAGAUUUAUAAAGGGUCUUGUGACAUAAUUUUAAAAAUGAGGAGGUACUAAUAAAUGCAUUGCCAACAAUUAACAGUGUACUUGUAUUUUCCAGACUGCCAACCAAAUGAGUGUUUAGGAGGAUGAGGACAGUAUAGGUACAGGUAAAUUGUGGCCUCAAGCAUCAAAGUUUAAAAUGCUCAUUUGCCAGAACAGAAUUUUUAACACAGCUAAUUUUCAGUGGUUCUGCAAAAGCUUUGAAACAUACUUACAUAGUGCUUUUAUACACUAAUCAUGCCCAAGUGAGACCAUAACAACUAUAUCUAUCUUGUUCUGCUCUGUUGGGAUAUGGGUGAUUCCCCUGUGCAGGGAUCCUGUUCCACAAAUCCUACUGAAAUCCUUGCAGCAAAACAUUCUGCAAAUGCUCAGUUACCCCAUUAAUAAGAGAACAAUUUGGUCAUUGUUAAAUAUAAAAUUAAUUUAAAAUUGUAACACUCAUUGACCUGACAUCCAUAUUAGGAGGUUAAGGAGAUGUCUAAAGCCAUUUUUAGAUGUAAUGCGAAAGGGGAGAAACAGCUAAUUGUCACUCCAUUUUUUCCCCCACUGUGCUUGUAAUUCAAAUUAAGUAAUGGAUGUUGUGGCUACUGAGACUGUGGACCAAGGUCACACUCACAGUUAACUGAUAGGCUAGUAAUGGCAAAAGCUGGAACCUGUUUAGAUCUUGAGGGCUUCUAGAAUUCAAAGCCUUGUUGAACAUUUUAGGUGUUAUUCCAUUCAGAGCAGGGAGGUUUUUCAUCCUUAGAAAACAUCAUCUUUCUCAAGAAAAGCCCUUUAGAAGUUGGCAGUGAAGGGGGGGAUUUGAUAGGAGCCUUCAACUACCUGAAGGGAGGUUCCAAAGAGGAUGGAGCUCGGCU